AUGCAGAAGAAAAAAAAGCACGGUAUUGCAUAUAUUCGAUCAACUUUAAGUAAUACCAUUAUUACUGUAACAGAUUAUAAAGGAGAUACAAAAACUUGGUCCUCCUCAGGUUCAUUGGGGUUCAAGGGAUCUCGUCGCUCAACCAAUUAUGCUGCUCAAGCAACUGCAGAAAAUGCUGCCCGAACUGCUAUUCAACUGGGAAUUAAGUCGGUUGAAGUUGAAAUAAAAGGGUUAGGUUACGGAAAGGAAUCGUCGCUACGUGGUUUACGACUAGGAGGUCUUAUUAUUACCAAAAUUAGAGAUGUAACCCCAACCCCACAUAAUGGAUGCCGACCCCCUAAAAAACGCCGUGUUUAA